UAUUCAAACUUAAAAGUGUAUUUACAUUUGAAGUAACCGCCCAAAACCCAAAGCGCCUCGCGAGAGUCAGGAAAUGAACACACUGCUGCAUGCACGGUGGCAAUUGCAGGAAUCCCACUGUAGUAAUUAAAUGGCUAAAGUGGAGAUCGCCCCUCUGAGAGCCUGGGAUGAUUUCUAUCCAGGCUCGGAGCGCUUCGCAAAACCAGAUACACGAGAUUUGGCGAAAUGGAACAACAGAGUAGUCAGCAACCUCCUGUACUAUCAAACAAAUUAUCUGGUGAUGGCAAUAAUUGUUUUCUUUAUUGUAGGGUUCAUGAACCCUGUGAGCAUGUUCACAGGUGCAGCAGUCAUUGCUUCAGUUUUCAUUGGCUCUGUAUGGGCAGGAGAGAACAAGGCGGCAAUCAAGAACUUCAAAAAGGAGAACCCAACCUUGUUUGUGUUCCUGGUCAUGGUAGUGAGUUACCUCCUGAUGUCACUCUUUGGUGGAGUCAUGGUACUGCUGUUGGGAAUCAAGCUGCCACUUCUCUUGAUCUUUGCACAUGCAUCACUUCGACUGCGCAACAUGAAAAACAAACUGGAGAAUAAGAUGGAGAGUGCAGGACUCAAGAAAUCACCCAUGGGUAUCUUACUUGAAGCACUGGGCCAACAAGAAGAGAAUCUCAGUAAAAUUCAAGGCCUUCUAGAGAGCAAACUCAAUGAAUAAACUCAAGAACAUGCAAAUGGCUCAAGAAGUUCUUACUGAAGAAAUGAAGGAAUUUAUUUUGAUCUUGAUUGGUAAACAAACAGUAUGUUUCUCAGUGUAUUUUUUUCUGGAUACUAUUUGUAUGUACAGUGUUUUGUAAUGUUACGAAACAGAUUUGUUUACAUCUCAAGUGUUGUAGACAAUUGGGGGGAGGGGGUGAUCAGAUUUUGGUUUAGGUGCUAAUUAUUGCAGUCUCACAAGUGAUCAUUCUUUCUUUAUAAUGUUGGAAAACAUGGUGUCAUGCUUGUAUGUUUAAAGUGUUAUGUUACAGUAGUAUACAGUAGUCUCCACAUACAUUUAUAAAAUCCAAGUUAUAAUAUGACAAAAAUAUGUCAUCAGUUUUAUGAUACUGGCUGCACAAAAAUGUACAGAUCACAGAGUAAUUCUACCAAAGAAAGAGUGCACAUAUGGGACAUUUAUUUAUUCUGCUGAUUUUAAUCACCCUUUCAGUUGUUUUCGGAAGGCUAUUUUGCGGACAAAAAAAUAAAUCGUCAGGUAUUAUAGGCAUUGUAAAUGUCAUAGUGCUCAUCGUAAUCUAAAUCAAGUAUAACACCUUAAGAUUAAAGAACUCUCACAAAUCUAGGUGCUAGUUGUUCAGUUUGCUGUGAUGCGGUACUCAUAAAUCUAUGCAAAAAGUGUUCAUAAUAAAGCCACAUUUUGGUACCAU